AUGCAUAUCGAUUCGCCGUGUCCAGUUCGACGUGAUUCCGAUCCAGGUAUGUCUCAUCUUUGACGAUUGUUGUCAAGCCUAGCCUAGGAAAAAUAACCUCUCGAAUGUAUUUGUUGUGCUGUGUGGUGUGAAAAAGUGAAAUUUGUUGCCGCAUUUUAUUGUAAAUCAGAUAAGGUUUAUAUUGGAAAAGGGCAUAAAAAUACGAAAAACCUAUCAAGUUUAUUGUAAGCUUCAUACUACAUAGAAAUUCACGAUAGAUUCUUCUUUGACAAAUGAGAGAAAAGGUUUUUGUAAUUGAAAAUUCAGGAAAUCAGAAAAACACCAAUUACUCAUUCUGUCAGAGAAAAAAUUGUAUGUGUGAUUGAAUAAUAGGAUUUUUUCUGUGAUGAAGGUUGAGCCAGGAAUCUGUGAACUUUUUCUAUGGGAACAAGUUCAGAGAGACUUGGCGGAGGUCAACAGCGCAAUUCUGAUCGGUGAAUAUGUAACAAAAUAUCCAAAUAUCUUUCCUAUAAGGUUCCAGAUCUGCCUUGCUCACCACCAGAAAUAGUAUACGCUGACCAGAUUUUGACUUAAGUUUUUCGGAAGUUAGGGAAAGAUCCGUUCUAACAGUGUUUCUAACUCAAGAGAUUUACUCGAAAUAAGUGGUAUGAGUGUGCAAGCAAAAAUAUGCAUUCAUUUUUGAAAACGCUCUCCUGAACAGUCUAAAUUCCCAAGCUCCCAUCAAUUUCUCAGAAUAAGCGCAUUUCAUAUUCUCUAUAAUCACAUUAAAAUUCUAUACAGAUUGUCCAUAAAAUCUAUACAUAUACCGUAGUUCCAAGAAUAUGUAAUAAUAAUUCAAUUUAUUAUAUAUUCCCAUCAAUUGUGAACCAUUUUAUGGUCGAUUAUUAUAUCAAAACGUCAUAGCAAUCAUUUUUUACACACACACACACACAUCCAAUAUUAUUACAAUUUUGUUUUCACAAGUUUUGGAGUUGUUUUUUUGUUCAUUUCCUACAAAAUUUAUUGAAUAUUAAAAAAUUGUUGAAAACUUUUUGGUAAACAAACUCUUUUUUUCCACUGACGCACUUUUGAAUUCGAAAUUGUUUAUAAAAAAGUGCAAAGUGGUUUGAAACGCUUUUUCAAUAUCAUUUUUCUCCCAGUAAAAGUAAUAAUAAUCAUCAUAUUACUGACUCAACGAUUUUUGAUAAAUGUGGCUAGACAUAAUCAUGAGAACUUUUAUUUGUCAUUAUUAUUAUUAUUUCUUAUUUUUCAAUGCUCUUUAUUUCCAAAAAAUCAGAAUGUGACAUUAGUUAGGCUUGUUUUUCUCAUUCAUGUUCAAUCAACUGAAAGAAAAAUAAAAAAUUUUGAAUAAAAAUAAAAAUAAGAUGAAGAUUUUGUUGUUUUGGAAAUGCUGCCAGAAAAGUGCAAGCUAGAUUUUUAUGGGAGUUUGUUUUCUAUGGAAAGAAAGCAAAGAUUUACCUUACAAGCGGAUUUAUUUGAAUACAUAUAUAUGUAAAUGAAAACGGAAAUUGUAAAUCUUUCGUUUUCGUCAGGAUGAGUGUACAUUUCCGAUAACAGAUUUUUUUUAUUAUAAAAAUAGAUGUUUUUGAAUAGAAGUUUAGAAUUUGUGCAUUACAUCUAAACCAAAAUAAAAUGACUAAAAAUUAAUUACACAUUCUCUUUUUGAUGUAUGACCUAUGAAACUUAUUUUUAUUCGUCAUUUUGUUUUUCAUAUGAAUAAAAUAAAUAAAUAUUCAUAUUUUCUCACAUUCAAGCCAGCUUUCCUUUUCUCAUUUCAGCAAUUCCAUUUUUAUUUCAUUCCAAGAAAUAAAAUCGACAAAAGUUCAAGAAAAAUAUAUGUUUAUGUUCGUUUUGCCGCGAUGAAUUUGAAAUUAGCUUUUUUAUUUCAUGUCAUUCUGCUUCGCUGUUCAAAAAAUACAUUUAUUUCUCAACGUUUUUGUUUUCUAUUUCUUGUAAGUGCUGUGAUACAAAAAGCACUUAAUUUUAUCAAUUUUUUUUGUAAAUUCUCGCUCCCUGUCCUUCUAGAAAACAUAAUUGCAAUAACACCAAACACAUUCAGAAAAUAAUAAUAUAACUUUUCUCACAAUAAUAGAAUUUUGCCAUUUGAUUUGAAUAGAAAACAACGGAGAAAAAAUUUGAUAACUUUUAUUUGCCCUGUUGAAAAUAGCUAAUCGAUUUUUUUCGUGCUGCGGUGGUGGAAACCAUUUUUUUCACGCUACUCAAAUUUAUCUGCGUCAUUUGAGCAAAUAAUGUGUGUUUUUUUGGGAGAAAAAACGAGAGAAAGAUAGAAAAAACGUAUAUUUUGUGAUGACAGUGUUCCUUUUGUGUUAUUGUUCCAUGCGUGGAAAAGCUGGUUUAUUUUCUUGUAGGACUUUGUAUAUUUGGGUGUACCUUAAAACAUGCCUCAUAUUCUUCAUCCCUCAAGUGGAAGGGGUCACUUGUUCUCAGGGUAGUUUCGACCGAUAUCAUUUUGUGCCCCCACGUGUUUCCCUGAUUUCUGAAUGACAUCUGUUUGGACCUGUUUUACGAUUCUCCCAAACAUUUUUCUGUGUUAUUUAUCCAUGCUGGUUUAUUUUCUUGUAAAGAUUUGUAUAUUUUAUUGAAACAUCUGUGAAUUCAAAGGUUCAUCUUUUGGACUUUUGGACAGAUGUUCACAUUUUUGUCUAGACGAAAAUAUUUACUAUUCAUCAGGUUUCAAACCAUAAAUCUUUUCUUUCUUUUUGUCCCGCAAACUUGAACUAAUUUGAUUUUCGAAAAAGUUUGAAAUGUUAUUUGAAUGAGGGUCUCUAAUAAUAUCUAUUUAUGUAUAAUUCUCAUUUUUUAUCAUCUUGUCUAUUCAUUUGGAAAAUGCCACCUAGUUUUAGACAUCAAAGAAUCCAAAUAAUGUUUUUGACGUAAUCGAGAACUACUGUUAAUUUGACAUUUAGAUUUCAUCAUGUUUAUUUUAGGAAAUAUAUCAUUAGGUUAAUUUGAGAAUAGCUGAAUGUUCAGAUCAAACAUCUAUUCAGAAACUUCUCAAAAAUAACUUUUUGAGGUAAAUUUUCUUAUCGAGAGAUUAUUUUUUAAUAAGAGCAGAUGAAAAUUGCAAUUCCAUUAAAAAAUUGUAAUUUUUUCAACAAAAUCUGAAUAACUUUGCAACUUUACUAAUUGUGAAACAUUUAUGUUAAUUCAACACUUGAAUAUUCAGAACUCUUGUGCUUCUGACAUUUUAUAUUCUUUGAAAAUGUUCUUCUCAUUUAUAUAUGUACAAAAUGAAACAUUUGAUCAAAAUAUUUUAUUCACUUUCAACUUAUAAAUAUCACACGUCAUAAAUAUUACAUGUCAACAAAACAUUACACGUUUUUUGAUAAAAAUUUGAAAAUUAAAUUUUGAAUAGAAAGUUCCGGUUGAAACGUUUUUUUCUGUUCUUAAGAGGUCUGAUGAAAAGAACCAUACUGAACAAUAAAUAUAGGUAACAUUUUUUAUUGCAAAAAAUAUUUUGGUUAAACUUUUGGUUAACUGAAAAUAAUCCUAUACAUUUCGGCCUCUUAUUUCGAUCAUAUGGUAUUUCGUAAAACACAACCCCGCCAUUAUCAUUUUGUACUCCCGUUUGUCAACUUUAUUUUAGGUCAACUGACCACGUAACUGUAGGGAUAUAUCAUACUUGUGGGAACUUAAAAUGACAAAGGUGAAAACCUGUAAGCCCAAUUUCAAACAAUUAUGUGUUUUCACCUUUAUCAAAAUUUCUCGUUCAUUCAAAACCACGAUCUCCCUCCCAUCCUAGAUUUUUUGAUACAAUUUUUUCUGCUUCAAACAUCAAAUAUAAAACAAUAUUUGACAAAAUAAAAGAUUUCAUCAUUCGAUUGUUAUAAAAUGAAGGCAAUCAAAACAAAAUACAUUCAAUAGACUACAGUAUCUUUUUUUUUUCGAAAUAUUUCGAAUCUCACGAAUAAUGUGUGUGAAUUCCGAUUGUUGUUAUUUUAUGUUCCACAAAAGUGACAGGUGCAUGAUAAUUUUGCUUUUUAUUUCUUUUCUAUCAUUUUUUGGGGGAGAUUUUCUAUUUGUUUGGUUGAUUUUUUCAAAAUCCUCAUGGGUAUCAAAAUAAGCUAUUAUUUAUGUACUCUUUUAUGUUUUGCUCAUAUGGAAAAUAGUGAAAUAAAAAAAAUGAAAAUCCGAGAAAACAUGUGACCUUUGUUGCAUUAUAGUUGUUUAUUUGUUUGUUUCGUUUUUUCUCUAUUCUUCUUUUUUUCUCAAUUUUCUUGAAAAAUGUUUGUGUAAACACUUUUUGUCUUCGCCUCUUCUAUUGUUAUUAUGUCUUGGCGGUUGUUAGUUAGAUAAAAACGAACCGAUUUGAAUCGAAUGUGACCAUUGUUUGUCAGAAUUUUCGCCCAUUUAUUUUUCAUGUUGUUAUUAUGACUAUUUCCGGAUUUUUUAUUUCAUCUUUUUAUCUUCUCUUCUUUUUUUUUAUUUCUUCCGAUUAGUUGCGUUAUCUUUUUUUCGCAACAAUAUGAUUUCUGAACCCAAAUACCUUGAGGAAUUCAAGCUUCUGAAUCAUACCUCAUAUCUCAAACCCCCUUUGAGACUUGACUACGGGGUGAAAUAUCAAUAAAGCAUUCGUCUAUCGCAAAAUAUUUAUCACCGUUCUUUGUUCCACCAAAAGCAACCAAAAAAAUCUGGCCUGUCCCCCAGGCAAAGAAAAGCUUCGCUGAUAAUUUUUUGUAUGUUUAUUUGCCUAAGCACUUCAUUAUCAGUUUUUUUUGUCUCUUUUUGACUGAGAGACACAAAAAUUAGUGAAGCGAAGGGAGACAAAAACGGGAAAAACAUCCAGAUUUCUAAUCCAAAAGAGAUUUGUUGCCAAGGAGGAUUUAUGGAUAUGGAUUAGAUUAUCAGAAUGAAAAAUAAUAUUAUUAUUAUUGUUGUCAUUUGACACCAUAAAGGUGGGAUCUCCUACGUUUCCUUCAUCUUUCGUUUUUCUUCUCCUUCUUCUUCUUCUUCCUUCGUAUUUCUUCAUCUCAUAAUAAACAAGUAGUAGAAAUGAGUGCGCCUAUUGAUUGAUGAAUAACAUGUAAUUCGUGAGAGACGCAGAGAACUACACUCAUACACACAAUCUGUCUCAUCGUCUCCCACCCUCUUCAAGCGUACGUAUCUCUCGUCGUUUUUUUUUUUGCGUGCUUCCAUAUUUUUUUUGUUUCUGACUGGUAGUUGAAACUUUUGUACUUGUUUGUUUGAUAUAAUUAGGCUCUUUUAAUGAUAAUAAAUAUAGAUAUCUCUUAUAGUUUUUUAUCUAUUCUCUUCUCUUCAAUUUUUUUGUGUUGUUCCAAUUGAUGAAAAAAAACUCAACAACAAAAAUGUUGCGUUAUCAUUGAAAUGGUUUGAUUUUGAUAAUGUGUUGAUUUUUUCUUGGUUAAUCGGACAAGAGACAAAAAAAAUCAUAUUCGGUAUUUUUUGCAGGCCGUCACAGAACUGCCCUAUUCAAGGCAGUUCAUCUAACAACAAAGUUGUCGCAAUCAACAACGUCGUGUUCGUUACCAUCCGUGGCGAAUACGACGAAGGAAUCGAAAUCAACGGUGACUGGAUCAGGAAUCAAAAAACAAAAUGAAGCCACACCGGAAUCGUCAGGCACACCUCAAUCAGAAAAGGAUAAGGAGGCAGUAGAUGAUAACACAUCGCAAAAAACAUCGAUGUAUUCCGAACAAUCAAGUUGUAAGUCCAACUUUAAUUUAAUUCUAACAGAAAAUGUUGCGACUGCAAAUUAUAGCCUACAAAAUUGAACUAAUUUCAUUUUAUUUUAUAUCCCAGGGGGAUUCAGAAUGAAAAAAAUUGAACUUUUUUCUAAUUAUGUAAGGUUCAAAAAAUGAUUUUUUUUCCAGCGAACGAAGUAUCAUUGAAAAGAGGUGAAUUGAUAUCUGGUUUACGAUUCGGAAGUUUUGAUUUUGAACCUGGCGCAAGUCCUGUUGUAUGUAUUGGUGAUCCUUCAACAUCCAAAGAUAUCGAUAAAACUGAAUUAAACCCGAAAAAUUAUGUAAAAUGCUCGAAUGUUCUUGUCGGAUUCGCACCUGUGGUAUGUUCUUCAUUUUUUUUUCUCGUGCUUGGGUUUAUUCAAUUAUCUAAUCGUUUUUUAUUAUUUAGUCGGUUAAAACAUGGGGCAAGUCGAGAGAAAUUCAAUUAUUGUCAUCUAAUAAAAAGCUUUUAGUUAGUUAGUUGAAUACCGGAAAUCGGAUUUCCUGGGGGAUUUUUUCAAGCAAUAAAGGAGGAAAACAAGAAAAAACGUGUUUUUUUUCCAGAAAAAGAAGAAGAAUUAUUAUGCAGUGUUGUCGAAACGUGCUUUCGAACUUCAUGAAUCGGAAAAAUCUUUUCGAAAAGGUGUCACUGCUAAACAUAUCGUGGAUUUGGCCACCGCUUUCAAUGUGCAUAAUGAUCAUGUUAGUUUUUUUGUUUUUGAAAAGUUCAACUCCAAUUUUUUUCAGUUUGAUACGAAAUUGAAGAAAUGCUUGUGUUUGAUGGGACCCGAUGAGACUUUAGUUAUAAGAACCGAGACGAAGGAACUGGUGAGUGAAAAACAUAUUUUUUUUUCAAAUUCAAAAUACUGUAACUCUUAGACUGCCGAAUGGUAUGAUGCUAUUCUCCAAUCACUUCUUCCAUCUCGCCAAUUAAAACUUGGUCGACCUUGUUAUGCCCAUGAAAUAUUCGAAGCUGUUUAUGAUAUCGAAGUGGUUCGAACACAGAAAAAUGUUGAAAAAUAUAAAAAACAAGUGAAAGAAGCUGGAUACACAAAUAUUUGUGAGACCACGAGAGGAAUGGAAGGUGUUAAACGGUUGGUUUCAAAAUUUCAGUGAUUUUAUAACAGGUUUUGAAAUUUCAGUCUGUGUUUCUAUUCGCACACUGUAAUUCUGGCCAAUCGACGUAUCGAACCAACUACAGUAGGAUGUCCAGAUUCUGGAUGCCCGCCGUUUAGAGCAGAUGCAAUUGUUGAAUUUCCGGUUAGUUUUUUUAUAAAAUAAAACUAUAAAAAAUAUGAAAACAUCUGGUAAAAUGUUUUCCAACAAACAAAUAUGAAAAACAAAAUGUUUUUUCAGCGUCAAUUAAUUGCAUCUUUCGGAUGUCAAGAUCGUUAUUUCUUUCUCCGUCUUGGUCGUGGAAUUAUUCUAGGUAAUUCAGAACUUCUUGUUCAAUGCGACAAUCAUGAAAUGGCGACUGCAAUUCAUCAUAAAAUGAGCCAUAUUAUUGAUCGUGAAGCUGGUCGUCGAACAAAUAUGACAAUGCCGGCCACUUUGCAACAACAUCAUCAAAGACAUCGUGAUCGAUCAAAUACUUUGAAUGAUUCUUGUCAUAGUUGUGGUGAUAGGGUUUAUCGAAGGUAUGUUGUUUCAGGCAUAAAAACUAUGGUUUGAAAAAACUUCCUCGAAGUUUAUCAGGAAAAUGAGUGGAUUUUUGAGAAGUUCUUAUUUUAAACUUCGGGAAAAAAAUUUCAGAAAUUCUUCAAAUAGAAAACUUUUUGAAUUUCGCGUUUAAAAAACAAGAUUAAAAAUUUGAAGUGAAAAAUAUAUUUAAAAAUAUAUAGAAAUUUGAACAAGAAAAUAUAUUGUUUUUCAUAACUGACAAGUAAAAAAUAAAAAAUAAAUCAUGCUUGAAAAUAUUGAGUUUUAGUGAACCAUUCCCUGGAAUGGAAUCAUUAUCUGUUCCCUCACCACAUCUUCAUCAUAAUAAGUUGUCAUUGGAUUCAACGCCAAUUUUGAGUGUCAAAGAUCGUCGUUUAUUACUUCGCGAUUGUUUAUCAUUUGCCAGUUCUGUCGAAAUGGAUGAUUCAGCACCAUCUUCACCAUUCGGAAAUAAUAGUCGCCCUCGAUGUUCGCUUGGCAAUUUUCAGCUUGAUCAUCUAGCCAGGUUGUGCUUCGCUAUCCGCUGCUUUUUUGUUUGUCUAACCCUGAUUUUUGUUAAAUACAGAUUGGAACAUCCACGUGGAUCAAUUCAUUCUCUUGGUGGAUUACUUUCCGAUAGGUCGUUUCCACUUUUUAUUUUAUUUUCAAUUAGUUUCUUCUAACACUGUGUUUGAGAAUGUGAUUUUUUUACUUCUACUCCUUUUUUUAUUUUAGUUUGAAUGAUCUAUGCUUGUUUUUCCCAACCCGUUUUUUCUUUUGAAAAUUGAAAAUUGUUUUUGCUUGAUAAUUCAAAUUGCUUGUAGAUAUUCUACUUCAGAAAAAUAUGUAUGUGACAAUUAGUACAGACAUCAAAAUCACAUCUUUUUUUUCUUUCGAUCAAUUCGUUCAGUCAGAAAGUCAUGUGCCACUUCUCUCCAUAGAAUUUAUAACAAAAAUUCAAAUCUGAAUAAAUUUCAGACCACGUCGUGCAUCAAACACAAUUCGAUUGGUCAAAGAAGAGCCAGGACUUCGUGAUGCUAUGCAAGCAGCGAGAAUUCCCAAAAAGUUCUCAUCACAGUCUGAUAGACAAGAGAUGAAUUUUGAUGAAGCUAGCAGGAAAUUCUCUUCAGCAAGAAGUGAUAUUCAAGAUACAUUGUCUGAAAGAGGAUUGACAAAGUAGAGUUUUCUUUUUGGAAAAAAAUAAAAAUGAAAUUUCAUUUCAGGAGUUCCAAAGCGAAUUCAACUAAUACACUCACAAAAACCGGUAAAAAACUCGGAAAAUCAACAUCAAUUUAUUCAACUCUUGUGAGCAGUGAUGGAUUGCACGAAGGAAGUCUUGUUCAUCGAGAAGAUAAUAAUCCUAGAUCAUUGAGAGCCAAAGGAUUGUUAGCUCCGCCCUGCAGCAUUGAUGAAACUUAUACGAAUAUGACACCUUCAGAUUGGAAUUAUGGGCCAAAUGCACAUUUGAUUGUCCCACUUCCAUGUAAGAAUCCUCUGUUUUUUUUGGAAUCCAUAUAAUACUUUCAAAUAUUUUCAGAUCCACCAAAAGAAGAAAAAUAUAAUUUGGAAGAAGUUCGAUCAUAUGUAUCAGAUAGUAGUGAUAGUUGUUAUUCAUCAAUGGUAAAUAACAGUAAUGCACAAUUAGGAAGUGUUGGACAAAAAGGCAAUCUUGCCGCGUUGAAUGCACCAAGAGCCAAUUCAUUUGGUGGAAGAAGUAUUAAUGGUGAAGAAGUUGUCAAAAAACCAGUGCCUGGACCAAGCAGCAAGAAAAAUAUGAAACCAUCUGAAAAAACAAAGACUGAUGAAAAAGAUGAGACUAGUUCAAAUAGUUUGAGUAUUCCGGCAGAGGAUCCGAGAAAACGAGCGUUUUCUUUGGGAAGCAAAAAUUUCUUCAAGUAAGUUUUUGUCUAAUGUUGCGCCAAUAUUUUAUUUGCUGUUCAGUUUUAUUGGAUUAAAUGAGUUCCGUCGUUUGGUCAAAAAACCGCUUCUUUCUGGUCGCCCAUCUUCACCAAAUCAUACAUCAACUUCUGGAAUUUCAUUGAAUUCCUCUCCAGCAUCAUCAUCUACAAAUUAUUUGACUUCAUCAGAAAUGCACGAUGAUCCAAGGAUAAGGUAGGAUAAAUCUCUUUUUUUUCUUGUUAUGCUUUCUAACCAAUGCUUUUUCAGUUCACAUGAAGUUAACACAUUCAUAUCAACGUACGAUUUAUUUACUAAUUACAAUAAUUAACAAGUUUGUUUAACUAAUCACAUUUUUGCAGAUCUGGAAGUUUUGGAUCAGGCAGAAGUAGUCCAUUUGGACGACAUACUUAUACAUUGCCACCAGCUAAUCGUGAUAAUGAACAUCAUAUGGAAAUUGAUUUUUCGACAAUGUCUUUUGGAAGAGGCUGUGGAUCAUCGGGAAGUAUUGAUAGUCCUAAUAGGUAAAUAGAAUUCCUAAAAUAAAACUGCGGAAAUAGAUCAAUUUCCUGUUAACUUCCGUGGCUGAUCAACUGUUCAUUGUACUUUCAAAAAAAUUUGGAAAAGCUAGGGGGAGUUAUUUGUCAUACGUGAUUUUAAUAGGUCAAACUUCUGCACUAAAAAACAGUAUUCUCUCUAAUAAAAAAACCAUACAAUUCAGAUUGAUUCGUCGUGAAGAGCUGAUGUUGGCCACACCAAACUUCAGUUUCGAACAUCAUCGUGACGAUAAAAAGCUUCGUCCCAGCGAAAAAGUCAUUCAACAACAUCAUCGUCAACAACUUCAAAACGCACAACAAGGUUCGUUUAGUAACCCCACUCUGUUUAUACUAAUAGCUUCUUUUUUCAUGUGAUUAUGUGAUGUCUGAUCCUGUCGCCACAAAAUUUGUCAGUGAUUUGAUUGCAGCUGGAUUUCCCAAUAAAGAAACGGGAAUCAAGAAGGUUUUGGACGAAAAUCGACAGUGAGUUUUUAACAACAAAACAACAUGUGUGCAUUUUGAAAAACAUGAAAUUUUUUUGUAGAAUGCUCGACACGCAAACUCAAAUUUAUGAGAGAGAAGUAUAUGACAGACAACAGAAGCAACUUCUGGAAAAACAACAAAAACAAUAUCAGCAAAUGCAACAAAUGAAGCAAAUGCAAAGCCGUGAAAUGGAUGAUUAUCACAGCAAAGCAUCACUUUGUGAAUUGAUUGUUGAAGAAAAAGAGGACACUGAUUCAAAUGUUGAAUUUGAUGAAAGAAGUUCUGAUACUCGAACUGGCACACAAUCAUCUUCAUCUUAUUGUGAACCAAGCACUUCGAGUGCUCAUCAAUAUUAUUAA